AACAGCCUUUCGUUCACGACGUGUUGUGCCUUAGCCUCUUGCCGCUUAAGCCUUUGCGACUACCAACAUGAUGAAAUCUGUCUGUCAUCUCCUUCUUCUCGCAGCAACCUUUGCCUACGCAAGUGCUGAAGGUUCACUUGCGUGUUCAAAGUACUUGUCCUUCACGUUGGUGACCUCAGUAGAUCAACCUGCCUUCAUCGACUGCAAGUCGGAUCCAGCGGGACGUGCAGCCUUGACUGCCCUCGCAAGUGGUACUCGCUGCAGCGACUACAAGUUUUACAACGGCGAAAUCUUCUGUCAAAUUGCCGCAGCUCCCUACAUGAAAUGUGUAGCGGGAAAACUUGGUUGGUUGAAGGCUGAUGGCUCCAUCGACAGCGCAAAGGUCUUAGCCAAGUUAAAGUCUGUCGUCACCUAUAACCCUAGCUGCAGAGCUGCUCAGUACGACUUCGCUGUAAAACAAUGUGGCACUACCAUCAACUACUACGCGUUCCUAGAGAAGGUCGCAUGCCUCCAAUACGUGUCGUUCAAGUACGCUCCUGGCUAACCUGCACAAUCUGGUCCUCAUGCCUUCAUCUGACUGGCGGCUUUCAAGUGUUCACAACAGGUGCACUAUAAUAAUUAGGGGACCACUUUCUCCAGUCAAUGCUACUAUGUGCAGUAUAAAUAGUCAAAUUGGAAUUCUGAAUUGCAAAAAAAAAUAAGUAAAAAAUUGACCUGGCUUGAUUCAACUCUGUAGAAAGGUCGUUAGCAAGGGAAAGAAGGGUUUUAGACGCACCUAACCCUAACUCUAACCCUAACAUAACGAGGUAGGCAUUUUUUGAUGUCCGGGAGUGUUGUUCAUUUAUUUUCGCGUCCGGUUUUUAGGUAAAAAUUAAUUGCAGUGUAAACAGCUGGACGAGAUUUUGUCCGGGUUUCUAACCGAUGUCCGGUAAUGUUACCAAUUCUGUCCGGUUAUUGU